GGUCGCUUCCGCAAACAGAAUCGUGGAUGGAUGUGUAGUGUUAGUUCAUGAAGUUUUACCAUCUAAGUAAUCAAAAAUGGAAAAUUCUGUAAAAGCAGAGUGUGAAAAGAUCUCUCUUGAAGACGCAAAAGCAUCAACAGAUUCAGAAACAGAGUCUUCAUUCAGUAUUAAUGAAAACACAACCACUCCUGGGACUGGGCCCUCUGAAAAGGCUUCUAUCUGUGGACACGUAGACACACCAAAAAAGAGAAAAAUGGAAUUUGAAGAUGAUAUUGUAAAGGAAAGUUCUAGUUGUGGGGAAGACACUCCAACCAAGAAAAGAAAACUUGAUGCUGAAAUUGUUCCAGAGGAAAAAGGUUCUGGUGAUGAUGAAGGCAUUUCAAGGAAAAGAAGAAUGGAAACUGAUGAUUUUCCAAAAGAUGAACCUUCUACUGGAGAUGGCACACAGAAAAAGAGAAAAAUAGAACUUGAGGGUGUUCCUGAAAAGCAAAAAAACUUAGAAGAGGGACACAGUUCAGCAGUGGCUGCCCACUACAAUGAACUUCAGGAAGUUGGUUUGGAGAAGCGUAGCCAAAGUCGUAUUUUUUACCUCAGAAACUUUAAUAAUUGGAUGAAAAGCGUCCUCAUUGGGGAAUUUUUAGAAAAGGUACGACAGAAAAAAAAACGUGAUAUCACUGUUUUGGACCUGGGAUGUGGCAAAGGUGGAGAUUUGCUCAAGUGGAAAAAGGGAAGAAUUAAUAAGCUAGUUUGUACAGAUAUCGCUGAUGUUUCUGUCAAACAGUGUCAGCAGCGGUAUGAGGACAUGAAAAAUCGUUGUCGUGACAAUGAAUAUAUUUUCAACGCAGAAUUUAUAACUGCUGAUUGUUCAAAGGAACUUCUAAUUGACAAAUUUCGUGACCCAGAAAUGUGCUUUGAUAUCUGCAGUUGUCAGUUUGUCUGUCACUACUCAUUUGAGUCCUAUGAGCAGGCUGACAUGAUGCUCAGAAAUGCUUGUGAGAGACUGAACCCUGGAGGCUAUUUUAUUGGUACCACUCCCAAUAGCUUUGAACUGAUAAGACGCCUUGAAGUUUCAGAAACAGAAUCAUUUGGAAAUGAGAUAUAUACUGUGAAAUUUCAGAAGAAAGGAGAUUAUCCUUUAUUUGGCUGCAAAUAUGACUUCAACUUGGAAGGUGUUGUGGAUGUCCCUGAAUUCUUGGUCUAUUUUCCAUUGCUAAAUGAAAUGGCAAAGAAGUACAAUAUGAAACUAGUCUACAAAAAAACAUUUCUGGAAUUCUAUGAAGAAAAGGUUAAGAACAGUGAAAAUAAAAUGCUGUUAAAACGAAUGCAGGCCCUGGAGCCAUAUCCUGCAAACGAGAAUUCCAAACUUGCUUCUGAGAAGGUGGAUGACUAUGAACAUGCAGCAGAUUACAUGAAAAACAGUCAAGUAAGGUUACCUUUGGGAACCUUAAGUAAGUCAGAGUGGGAAGCCACAAGUAUUUACUUGGUCUUUGCAUUUGAGAAGCAGCAGUGAGCACAUAUACAGUAGCCCCAGGACAGCUGUGGCCUGUCUUGUACAGAUUUGCGUGAUCCAUCCUAGAUUUGACAACUUCCUGUUUGUUUGUUUUAAUUAGUCUAAAUGUGCAGGACGCUGCCGGAAA